UUGUUAGGAUAAGCCAGCUCCUUCGCUUGCGCGGUGUGAUGUCCCUUCGUCUCUAUGCGCUUCGCGACUUCUCCCUGCGGCUGGUGGUGCUGGCGAAAUAGCUCCGUUUUGUUCAAGCUGAAGUAUAGAGCAAAUCUAACGUCUCUCUUCUAGACAGCCUUUCCCCUGAGCCUGUGUCAGCCUGUGGCUCUGAAGUCAUCCGCGCAGCUUGGAGGCGAAGAACCUGUUCGCGGUCAUCUGGCUAGGCUGCCACCAUUUCCGAACACCUCCUGCCGAGUCACUUCGCUGCAAGGCAUGCACGUGUUCUUAUGACGGCUGCUGUCCGACAAGCCAUCCUCCAUCAAGGACUCUGGUCAUCGGCCUCCAGUCGUGGAAUCUCUUAGUAGCGGCUGUGCCUUCAGUGGAACUAAUUCGGGAACAAUGGAUCCAACUGUUGUGAUCAACACGCUUGAUGAGGAUGAGCAGAAGCCUGCAAAGCCUGCAGAGAUGCUCGUCUUUGAUGAUUCGGCCCACCUCAACAAAGUGCUUAUGAACUUGAACAAGCUGCGCAAGAACAAGCAGUUUUGUGAUGUUGUUUUACAUGUCGGUUCAGACCAGGACAUGCACGAGAUAUAUGCGCAUCGUGCUGUAGUAGCCAGUGUGAGUCCUUACCUGUUCGAGCUGCUGGCUCAGAAAACCAAGGGCACACUGCAGAACCAAUGCAAGAUCAAUGGGAACUUUGACAUCAGUGCUUUUGAACGCCUUGUGGACUACGCCUACACAUCCAGGCUGGAAGUACCCAAAUCAAAAAUGAAAGCCAUGUAUCUGGCGGCUGCAAAGCUGAAAGUACAUCCAGUGACCAAAUAUUGUGGGAAGUACCUUGUGGAACACUUGACUCCUGACAACUGCACAGGAGUGCGGGCCAUCCUGGUGGAGUCCAUGGACCAGGAGCUAGUCGCAGAAGUGGAUGCAUACCUGCGGGACAACAUCGCCGAGGUAGUAAAGAGCAAGGAGCUGCAAAGCCUGCCCCACAUCCAGGUAGAACUCGUGCAGCACAGCAGCAUUGAGAUGGAUUCUACAAACAAUAAGCACCUCUGCCAUAUGGUACUUGAUUGGAUGCGCUCAUCAUUUGACCACGAGGGUGUUCUCAUGGAGACCCUCACAGAGAAGGUGCACAUGCUCUACCUGAACCUGGACCGUACCUUACAUGACUGCAAUGACAUUGAAGCUGGGGAUGCAAAGGACACUGAGCUAAUUCAAGACUACAAGCGCCUCUCUCGUCGGCUGUCUCAGCCCAAGGGCAGCAAGACUAAGGGUCGUUCGGGCAUCACAACACCAGCAAAGCCGCGCCAGUUCCUUUACACCCGCUCAGAUUCUAGUGGAUCUUCCUCAGACGAGGAAGAUCGAGAUUGGAAGAUCAUUGCAACUACAUCCACUGGAGCCCACAGUACAAUGGGACUGGCUGUUGUGUCAGGCACAAUGAUCGUGCUGUCAGUGGUGCAGAGACUCAAUGGUCCAGCCAACAAUGGCGACAGCUCGCCUGAGGUGUGCAGCACUACCGUUGGAUACACCACAUUGCCUCCCAUGAUGAGUUCUCGGUGUGGCAUGGGAACAGCUGAGUUUCAGGGCAGGCUGCUUGUUUGUGGUGGAUAUGAUCGUGGAGAGUGCUUGCGCACUGUGGAGGCCUACAACCUGGCCACAAAUCGCUGGAGCUCCUUGGCCCCUAUGCAGAACCCACGGGGUCGUGUUGACGCCACCGUUUUGCAUGGCCUCGUCUAUGUGAUAGGAGGCAGCGAUGGCUCCAAGGAGUUGGCAUCGGCUGAGGUGUUCAACGGCUCAACCUGGAGCACACUGCCACCCAUGCCUGUUGCACGCUCCAAUACUGGCGUCUGUAACCUGGACAACAAGGUCUUUGUGGUCGGUGGCUGGAAUGGCAAGCGUGGCCUCUCAUGCUGUGAUAUCUUUGAUCCUCUCACCAAAACUUGGAGCAGUGCUGCUCCUAUGCUGCUAGGGCGCUACCAAGCAGGGGUGGCUUGCUUGAAUCGAGAGGUGUAUGCUGUUGGUGGCUGUGACUCCUGGACGUGUGUGGCCUCAGUGGAAAAGUACAACCCAAUAACCAACACUUGGGCAGAGGUGGCAUCUCUGCAGAAUGCCAGGAGAGGCUGUGGAGUGGUGGAGUACAAUGGGAAGCUUUAUGCAGUUGGUGGCCAUGACGGGGUGCGCUCCCUCUGCAGUGUUGAAGUGUAUGAUGCACAGACCAACAGUUGGAGCCCUGGCCCCUCAUUGACCAGCUGCCGCGCCAAUGUGGGCGUUGCUGUAGUUGGCAGCCGGCUUUUUGCUGUGGGUGGCUUCAAUGGCAAGGCCUUCCUCAACACCGUUGAAUUUCUCGAUGCUCGCACCAACGAGUGGACCACAUUUGUGGCAAAGUCAGAGGCCCUGCAGCCAAUACCCCGCAUUGCAGAGGAUGACAGGGACUCUUCACGUGAGGGUUCGGCCGAGGAGUGCCGUUAGCAGUUGCCUGUCCCCUGUUACCUGUAUAUUUGUUGUGCCCCCUGUGGCCACUGCUCUUGAAUUUUUUUUUGUUUUAUUAAUCUGUGUUAUAUCUGCAUGAAACUGUGUGCCACCUGAUACACACCAUUCCAUUUCCAAUGUUUUUACAACAAUGGGAGGCAUGCUGUGUACCAAAAGAACCUAUUCCCCCAAUUUUCUUCCAACAAUAUUGGCUGUCACUUUGAACCAAUAAAUGACAAUGGCAAGAACAACCUGCCUAUUUUUUACACAAGCACGGCCGCUAUGGACAGCAACAUCGGUUUGAUUUAAAGAUUGACGAAUUUCUCAGAAAUGGAAGUAAACUUCAUAUGAUCCUAUGAAGUGCUAUACUUGUAUCAGUGGUCUGGUGUAGAAAUAAAUGUGGGAACAACUACUUUUUUGUGCAACAGACAGAAAAACCUGCUCACACUAUGUUGAGUUAGUCAGUCAUUAUUGUAUAAAACAUAUACUUUGCUGAACUUCAAAACAAAGUAUAGGUAUUUUGUUUACACACUUAUCCACAGAAGUGAUGUGUUUAUUAGUUGUUUGGUCUUCUUGCCUGAAGACCUGUCACAUUUUUGCUUUGCCUGUCCUAGAACUGAAGCUGUCAAGUUUGAUUAAGUAGUUCGAUAUUUUACGCUAAACAGCAAGCAAAUUUGGUAGACAGUGUACAAAAGCAAAUUUUGUUAGUAUUGUCAAAUGUUUAAAUCUGCUUGUUGCAGUAAUUUUAUUUCAUACGCUGCAUGUUUUACAAGAAUGUGGCAAGUCACUUUUUUUGCUUAUCGCGGACACGAGGCAGAGCUUAGAGCAUAAGAGGUACAUAGUUGGAUGUCUGUCAUGAAAGAAAUUAGUUUUGAUUAAUUACUAUCAUUGUUGUGUACUAGAAUACUGUAGACAAAAGUUAUCUAAAUUAUUGUGUAGUCUGCCUGUAUGAAUUGCUCAAUACUGCUGCAUUUCUGUUCAUAUACUCAAGCACAUAUGUCUAGCUGUGAAUUUCUUGUGAUCAGAUAUACUAUACCUUGCUGAAAGCAGGCCUGUUAGAUGUACAUAGACCGUUACAGUUCAUUUGUCAGAUGGUCCUCUAAUGUUGUUGCUUGACGAUCCAACAUGUUGACUACUCUAACAAAGGAAACAGUGAUGACAGCCAUUAUUGUAUUAAGGUUACAAGCAUGCAUACUGUUGAAGCAAACUGUGAGCCAGAAAGAGGUGUUGGCACAAAUAUACGUUUUGGGUCUGUUUUCCAACAAGAUUCAAAAGACAUUGACACGGACCACAUUAUUUUUCCUAUAAACUCUGCAUUUAUGUAUCUCCUGUCCUCCUUGCCUUUGUUAAAAGCGAUACUUUUUCGCAUCUGGUAGCUUGGCAGCCCCAUCUCUUUGCCACUGCUGUUGGACAUGUCUUUCCCGUCCUUGAAAGAUGAACAAUCAGGAUCAAUGCGACCUGACCAUCUGUUGAUCGUACCCUACUGUACUCACUGCCUUUUAACUAAAGGUCAUGUGCCUGAAUGCUGUGAAAGCACAUUUUGCUGCACUGGAAAAAUUUUGUAUGUUUUCUUAUGUAAUUUUUACAAUACAAAUUGGCUAAACAAUGCCAAAACUUGCCCAAGUAUUCCCACCAUUUUCCAGCCUUGGGUAUUCGAAAAGCUGGCAAGGAGGUGCGAGAGCCUGAUUUCUACAAAUGCAGUUUACUGUUAUUUCCUAUAUGCUUAAAGUACAUGAUUGAAUACAGUGACCAUUUUGUACUCUCGGGGAUCAUCAUUAAAAGGGAACAGUGUAUUUCCUUCUUUUGGAAUGUGUACUGGCAUAAUAUGCAGACAUGUUUCCCAUGUGGCUAUAUGGAAAUGCAUAUAUAAAUAAAGUGUACAUAUGUA